ACCAUUUCAGUGGAAGCAUUAGAAGACUUCUAAGGCGUUUUAUUGCUCGCUCCAUAACGAUACAAAAAGCGGUCAUUGUGGUGUUAUAAUGAACUCUACAUUUUCUGCUGUACACAAUUUCAACUCCAGAGGUAUGCACAAAUACAGACCGCAUUCUUAACAUCCUCUAAAAGGAGAUUAAUUUCCCGUGAAUCGAACGUAAACAACGUAAAAGCAGACACCCAUUUGCUAGCGCGCCGCAGGCUCGCAGCUGUGAGUGUGACGUCGUCGUAAAGAUAACAACCGCUAGAUGGCGAUAGCGGCGGUCCGUACGGCGACGCGAACAGCAUUUGUUUUGCUUCCUUGUCUGGCAGACGCAGCAGCUGUGCUGCGUGUGUAGUGCAUUGGGAACAAGCGGAUGUGUGAUGUAGAUGUGCAGCAGCGUGUCAUUCUGUUUGUAUUCUGUGUUCAGGAUGCUUGAGGUCUAGAAGAGUCCGAGUUGUGGUAUAAUAACAGGAUAGACGUUCGUCAUAUAGCCUUCACGUUAUGAAUGUGAAUAAUUCGCCUGCUGCAGCAGACUACAUGAAGUGUCUAAUUACCACAUCGAAUGAAAGGCGAACCAUCUGACAGAACCAAGACGUCAUAAAGGAACGAUUUCGUUUUCUGAAAAUAAGCCAACAAUGUUCAACCACAGCUACGAGAAACGACUCUACUGGGUACCUGAUAAGAAUACUGUGUCUCCUUUGAAGUCUUCGAAUGCUGUAAAUGACUGCAGUAAAGGUGAUGCCACAAACUGUAUAGAGUACGGAUUGCAACGCUUUAGAUGUGUAAGAGACACUGUUGAAGUUUCUUGUGGACCCGACCGAUUCAUCCCACGCCGCACUAGAUCAAGUUGGUACACUAAGUUUCCUAUGAUCUCAAAUAAUGAGCGACCAGGAUUGUCUUCAAGGAGGAGAAGGACUCGGGAAGCCGGUGAGUCGGCGAGAGAUGUGGAGACAUACACUUCUUUGUUAAAAAAUGAACUGCUGGGGUGUGAUAUUGAACGCAUUGAAAAUCGUUUGGAAGAAAGUGAAAAUCUGCAACCGCUGGAUGGUAAAAAUUUAUUUCAGUAUUCAUCACCGUGCAAGGGAAGAUCUAUGUGUGAUGCUUCACGAGUGUCGUCCUAUUCUUUAUCACCUGUGAGUGCCAAAAGUGAAAAACUUCUUAACUCCCCCAGUAAAGUUACUAGAAAAAUACCGAAAAUUCCAUUCAAGAUUCUGGAUGCACCUGAGCUGCAGGAUGACUUUUAUUUGAAUUUGGUUGACUGGUCAUCUCAGAAUGUACUUGGUGUUGGUCUUGGCAGCUGUGUAUACUUAUGGUCUGCAGGUACAGGUCAAGUCACAAGACUUUGUGAUCUUUCAGCUGAUCAAGACUCCGUGACAUCUGUUGCAUGGAAUGAAAAAGGUAAUCUGGUAGCAGUGGGUACUCAUCUUGGAUACACUCAAGUAUGGGAUAUCAGUGUUAACAAACAUAUAUAUAAAACACAGUGGCAUUCAGCAAGGGUGGGUUCAUUAGCAUGGAAUGGUGACAGCCUCUCCUCUGGUAGCCGAGACAGGCUUAUCUUGCAGCGUGACAUACGUACUGCUGGUACAGUGCCUCAAAGGAGUCUUGUUGCCCAUCGGCAGGAAGUUUGUGGUCUGAAAUGGUCUCCAGAUAAUCAGUAUCUGGCUUCUGGAGGGAAUGACAACCGGUUACAUGUAUGGAAUUUACAUUCCUUGUCUCCGUGUCAGACAUACACCGAACAUAAGGCUGCAGUGAAAGCAAUUGCUUGGUCUCCCCACCACCAUGGACUACUUGCUAGUGGUGGUGGCACAGCUGACAGAUGCAUAAGAUUUUGGAACACUCUUACUGGACAGCCAAUGCAGUCCAUAGACACCUCUUCCCAAGUUUGCAACUUGGCAUGGUCCAAGCAUUCUUCAGAAUUUGUCAGCACUCAUGGAUAUUCCCAAAACCAGAUAUUGGUUUGGAAAUAUCCUAGCUUGACACAAGUUGCAAAAUUAACAGGACAUUCAUACAGAGUUCUUUAUUUGGCCGUGUCACCAGAUGGAGAAUCGAUUGUUACCGGUGCAGGAGAUGAAACAUUGAGGUUCUGGAAUGUGUUCAGUAAGACUCGAUCUCAAAAGGAGAAUAAGUCCGUCCUGAAUUUAUACGCAAGUAUACGAUAAUGUACAGGAAAAGAGAGAAGCAAACUGUGUUCCCUGGAGCAGAAUAUGGGACCAUGUUAGUUCUAGGAAGAAAAUUUUUUUACGUGCAUAUUUGUGUAUUUGAAGUUCUUCCCAUUAAGUUUUGCGAUUAAAACUGUGGGACAAAUGGCUGCUAAAUUCCACUGUAUGUGUUAACCUACUGAUGCUAGUCCUUUAAUUCAGUAUUUGGUAAAUUGAACAGUUAGAUUUGUAUCAUUUUGCUGCUGUACUUUUCCUCUGGUUUUUUAUGGGUUUUGUAAGUGGUUCCCAUUGUUGUAAAAUUCCUGUUUUGUUAAUUCUUUCAAAUAAUUAUUCGUGUUAAAAGUAUAAUAUAUUGAAUUAUUUGCAAUAAUACUGCCUAUGAUUGAAUACCACACAUGUACCUAUCCCUUUUGUUACUUAUUGUCUCUAGAAAGGUUGCAGAGGUUGCCUUUCUGCGUGGAAAGAAGUUGUACUUAAAAUUGGUGUUUUUAUGAUAAUAGGAGAUAAAUGCAAGCAUCCAAUUUAAUAGAAUACUGUCUCAUAUUUCGCAAGUAUGUUACAUAGUUUUAUUUCUUGGUAAUAAAACACUGUGUCUACAGGAGACAGAGA